UAUAUAUCAUUGCAUAAGGGUGCACAAAAACCACAAGCAAAAUCAGAGGUGUUUGUUUGAACUACAUUUUCAUUUUAAGGAAAUGGUUCUUCAAACCGAGCGAUACAAUGGUGGUUACCAGCAGCAGAGCUAUUCAUCAUACCAAGGGCCGCAUGGCGGCUAUAGCAACUUCCAAGGUGUGACCGAGUACCCAUCCCCAUAUUCUGGCUCUUUUCAAGUGCCAUCUUACCCGUCGAGCCAUGGUCCACACCAUCAAUCUGGUUGGUCAAGUGGUGGUGACUACUAUGGCCAUGGAGCCAACCACUACUCUGGUGGCGGCAUGAUUGCUCCAGUGAAGCCCAUCACUAACGGCUAUGAAAGUUCUUACUACGAGAACUCAUACUCCCAUGGGAACUCAAACAACCAUGGGAGCCCACACCACCAGGGUCAUGGGAGCCCUAAUCAUCAUGGCCAUGGGAGUCCCCACGGUCAGGACCACCAGGGCCAUGGGAGCCUACAUCACCAAGGCCAUGGUAGUAGCCCACAUGGCCUCGGGAAAACACAAGGCUUUGGAGGUGCUAUAACUAACCAAAUUAACAAGCUAACUAAUGGGUAUACCAACUAUGGAAGUGGUAGCCCAAACAACCAUGGCCAUGGGCCCAACAACCAUGGCGGCCAUGGGAGCCCAAACCACCAUGGUGGCCAUGGGAGCCCAGACCAACACGGUCAUGGAAGCCCAUAUGGCCCUGGAAAACCACAAGGCUUCGGAGGUGCUAUAAUUAACAAGAUGACACAUGGGCAUAACACCUAUGGAAGUGGUAGCCCAAACUUUGGACAUAGUCCGAGCGGGUUCAACCAUGGUUACCCGCAACAUCAGCCUACUUGGACUGUGAAGGCACUUGAAGAUGAUGAUUGAACAUCUAAGGUCUAAGAAUCUACCAUAUGACAAAGACGUGUGUGCUUUGUAACUUGGUGAUACUCAAGUUAUCUCUCAUAAUAAUGUGUUUGCUUUCUGUUUAAACAUAUGUUACAAAUAAUGUAUGCUAAUAUCUGCUUUAUCUUAUUCAUGAGAAUGCUAUGUUUCAGCUAUUAUGUUA